UUGACAACUGUCUGUAGAUAGUUGUGUGUUUGAGCGCUAUUACAAACACGUUAAGCUUAUAUUAAACGAUAUUACAGUCGUAACUAUAUGAAGUUACCGGAUUUAUAAGAGUAUCUGGCAAUCAUGGUCCACUUAUCAUCUUUCCUGCUCAAAAACUAUCAUGGUGGGCAUGUGGUCAUCAGGCUGGCACUAGGAGGUGCCACUAACAGACCCUUCUACCGCAUUGUGACUGCUUAUAAUAAACAGGCAAGAGACAGUAAAUAUAUCGAGCAGCUGGGCUCAUAUGACCCUCUCCCCAACAUACACAAUGAAAAACUUGUCGCCUUCAAUUACGAAAGAAUCAAGUACUGGAUUGCAUGUGGGGCGCAUACAACAAAACCAGUGGCCAAACUUCUAGGACUGGCUGGAUUUUUCCCACUGCAUCCAAUGACAAUAAUAGAUGCGGAGUGGAGGCGAAAAGCAGUUUCGACAGAAGAAGUUAAAACAGACCCUCAAGAACAACUGAAGCAGAAGGAUGCACUGUAACUACAAAAUAAAGUGUUCAUGAUCAGUAGUGAUAUUGUGACAUUAUAUAUUUUUUUAAAUACACAUAUAUAUAUAUUAUAACAGUGUUUUGGCAAGAAACUCCAAACAUUCAGACACUGCUUGAUUAAAAUUUCUUUAUUACCCAAUACAAUAGACUUUGCUCCCGGAGGGCCGCUGUUUUGCAGAGUUCUAGCUCAAACCCUAAUCAGGUGUGGUUGCUUAAGGUUGGAGCUAAAACUCUCCAGGAAACAAGUUGCCCAGCCCUGUUGUUAAAGAUGAAUGAGGCAAUGUAGACCAGGGGUCUCCAGCCCUGCAGAUUUCAGCUCCAAACCCAAUCAAACACACCUGAACCAGCUAAUCAAGGUGUUCAGGGUUACUUGAUAAUUACAAACAGGUGUGUUAGAGCAGGGUUGGGACUAAAGUCCGCAGGAGGGUUUGAGAUCCCUGGUGUAGACGCUAAAAGGAAAUUCUGUAAUCACUAAGUCUGUUGUAAAACACUUUAUCUGUAUCUAUUUGUCAUUGAGAACAAUGAUCGGCUAACAAAGAAAUUAAUAAAUGAUCUGGCCUGAGGAACCUACACUGAGAUUUAAAAUGAUCAGUCGUCAUUGGUUCAUUUCAGGUGAACUGCAGAGCCUAUAAAUGUUUACUCAAAAUUGUGUAACUCCUUUACAGCAAGCAAUGAGCUGAUGUAUCUAACUAUAUACACGCAUGUAUUGGUAUUACAUAAUAUACAUGGAAUAUUUAUCAGAGAGCUUGAAUUCUCUCUGAUGUCAGCCUAUGAAAUAUACAGGUAAUACAUAUGAGCUCAUCUCAGGUAGCAGGUCAUCUGAAGUAGCGUGUUGUUUCUUUUAAUUUAUCACUUUUGAUUAUUGCUGUAUUUUUAAAAUACUUUAAAAAUGUAAAUGGCUUAGAAAAUGCUGUUCAGAUUAAGACAUUUGAAUGUUAAUGUAGUGAAUCUACUACACAAACAUUUUGUUUAAUUUUAUGAGGGUUGGAAAGGUUAUAUAGAGCCUAAUUAAAUUUAUCAAUGGUG